AUGUGGUCCCCGUGGCACAUGGUUCUCCUUCUGUGGCUGUUUGCAAACGUAGCGUUUAAUGUAGAUGGUCGGUGUGUUUUCACGGGCCAUUGUGGAAACGACGAAGACACAGACAAACCAAUCCCUUGCUCGGUGUACAGCAACCCAACGCCGACGCUGGAUGACUCCGUGUGGCAGACGUUCGAGCAAGUCUGCCCCCAGCUGGCUUCUGAAACGAGCCACGACCAUAAGGUAUGCUGCGACUCCAACCAAAUACGAGACAUGGCCCGGGAACUGGAGCAACCAGCAAAGCUUGGGAUGGCUAAGUGCCCCGGUUGUAUGCUCAACUUCAAGGACCUUCUGUGCCGUAUGACUUGCUCGCCUCAACAAUCGGAAUUCAUCUUUGUGAACGCAACUCAGCGUGGAGUGACCGGACUGCACGUCUCUGAACUAGUGUACGCCCUGAGUCGGGACUUCGCUCACGGCGUCUAUGACACUUGCAAAGAUGUUCGAAGCGUACUAGGGGUCAAGCUGAUGACACUCAUGUGUAAUGGCCGAUUCUCUGGUUGUAGUCCGCAGUAUUGGCUAGAUUUCCUAGGGUCGACGCCAAAGGAGGGUGGCUACGCACCGUUCCACAUCCACCACCUCAUAACGGACGCACCACUUGUUCAGUUACACGGAGCAAUAUUGAAGCCUUUGCGUGUACCACACUUUCCCGCUUGCUAA